AUGUCUGACACCGAGGCCCCUACGGCACAGCGAGCGGCCGGGAGACGCGUUGUUUCUAGCCUUUCAGCAUCACAAAUUCAACACAAAAGGGAUCUCGAUCGCAAGGCACAACGCGCUCUGCGGCAACGGACCAAGGUUCGCAUUCAAGAAUUGGAAAAUGAUCUUUCGCGUUUCAAGGAAUCCGUUUCCGAGCGGGAGCAGACAAUGAUUGAAGAGAUCCGGCAACUGAGGGACCAAAAUCGACAACUUAGAGUCUCCUUACAGAGUAUCGGACAUUUUGCCCUAGGCCGGAUUUCCGACAUCGAGGGACCGAGCCCAACGCGACGCGAAUCGCCUGGAGAGAUCCAGCAGGGGCUCGAUCUACCUGCAAGUGGUAGCCCAGAGCCCCAUGUAGCCCAUUCAUACGCAGAUCUACCCCCAAGCCUCGCCAGCACAUACCCCGGGAGCGCAGCAGCGACCCCGGCGGCCCAAGGGCACGAAUCACAUCCUCCAGUUUUACCUCCAAUAUCAGCCCACAGCAUCCAGAAUACGAUCAUUAGUCAUUCAAUACCCCCAAAAUCCACCCCUGACAAUGCAGGAUUGAUGGCUUGUGCGCUGCCGAAGCACACGGCCGGCACUUGUCCAUUGGAUCACAUCCUACUGGAUUUCAUUGCCUCCCGCCAGGACUUGGCUGCCAGAGGUACACCCAUAUCCGAGGUCCUUGGGCCAGACCAAGCUUGCCCCCUGGAUGUUUUAAGUCCAGGUGGCACUUCUACCACGCAUGCAAUAAGCCGUGUUAUGGGAGAGACCCUAGCAACCUUUCCUCACGUAAAACUACCAGAAAAGAUGGCCUUUAUGUACAUUAUGCAUCGUACGACACGAUGGCAAAUAUGGCCGAAUAGCGAGACCUACACUGGUAUACCAGUAUGGCUCAGACCGACCGCAAUGCAGAUCAUUGUCCCGCACGCAGCUUGGAUUGAUAACAUUCCUUGGCCUCGCGUCCGUGAUAUCCUAAUAGAACAACCCGAGCGAUAUCCCUUCGUCCUCUUUUCCGAGUUUUACUCUCACCAUGUCAGUGUGAAUUGGUCCUACGACCCGGAGGAUAUCGUUCUCGAAACCGAAGAGGGGCUCGUAUUAAAUACUAUUUUCGAAAAGCACAUACAAAGAUUAAGUAACUGGACUGUCUCUCGUCAGUUUCGGGAAUACUUCUCUGAAUGGACAUCUGAUGUUUAUCUGGAUGGUUAG